AUGUAUACCGACACAAAAAAUCUCGCGCAUCAGUUCGCCGACUUGAGCUUUACAACCGGAAACACAACUUUACCACCGCCCACCGCACCAGUGGAUAAAUCAAAACGAAAACUUUGCAAAAUGUGGCGUCCACUAAUGCGAUUGAUGGCACGCAAGCGCAGCAACAACACAAUAGCCGGAAGCAAUUCGAAUACCGCCAGCCUACACCCAAACAAUGUGCACCUCAACAAUACCAUCCCAUCAAAACCCUGCGCUACCACCAACAGCGGUGCAGGGGAGGAGUGGCCCACAACGCUAAUCGAGGACUAUACCAGCUUGAUGCGCAAAAUGAGUUGCAAAGAGGAGUGCAAUCAUGGCGCAUGGGAGGCGACUGCCAACGGCACAGUACCCGAAAGUGAGCGCCCAUGCCAGGCGAGUGCCAAAUUCGCAACGACAGUCAUCAGCAGCGCCAGCAUCGAGAAAACGCCACCCAGCACAUGUGCACACUGUGUUUACGGACGCAAUUGCCAGCACGAGCAGUUCCAUCACCACAUAUGCGACGCGGCAACGCAAGCCACAACCGCAGCGGCGACAGUAGGUGUCCCACAUUUGCCCCACACAGCAACAGAUGCCAUCACAACAUUGUCUCAGCACGUGCUCGCCGAUCUGCCCAUACAAUUCGUUCACACCGAUGAUGGCACCUUCUUUUGGACUAACACGCAGGAGAAAAUCGAUGAUGACUUGCUGACAGCGUGGUUGUGCCAGAGUUGGAGUCAACUACCCGUAGAAGCAGCGGUGCUGUGA